UAAACAAAUGCAUGAAUGCGCGAGGAUUUUAACAUUUAUCCGAGCUUUAACUUUAACUGUGGAUCAAAAGCAGCAGCUUUAAAGUUUAUUAGCGGAACUUUUAUUAAACGGAUGGAGGCUGGUGAUGUGAACAGUGCAGAGACCAGCACAUUGCAGACUGCAGACAGAGGAGAAGCAGCUCUGAAGAUACAGUACGUCACAAACAAGGAGAAGUUUUACGAGUUCCUGGCUGAUGGAUUGAAGAGUGAGAAAGCUGAGGAUGGAAAAACAUCAACUGAAGCUCCUGCAGAUGGAACGGAGGAACCGAGCGGAGAACCGGAGACGAAGAGGCGGAAAGUGGACGGUGAUGAGCAAACGGAGGAGAAGAAGAAACGAAGAGGCCAGAACAAGUCGAGACCUCACCUGAAACCUCACAGCUACGAGGAUCGCAGACUCUGCCCCUCACUCAUACGGGAGUCUGAGAGGAAGUGUUUCUAUGGCGAGAAGUGUAAGUUCAUCCACGACGUGGCUGAUUACAUGUCCACCAAACCGGCGGAUCUGGGAGACGCCUGUUACCUUUACGACACCUUCGGCAGAUGUCCGUAUGGAGUCACCUGCAGGUUCGCUAAAGCUCACACAGGCCCCGACUACAAAAACCUGGUGAACGAGGAGCUCUGUAAAAGCCUGGAGAUUAAAGAAACCGUGCGGAACCAUCUGGAUAAAGAGCUCCAGAGACGACUCAGGAAGAGACAAGUGUCCUUCAAACACUCUGAGAGCUUCCUCAAGAGCAUCAGCGCAGGGAAGAAACAAGACAGGAAGUCGACCGCGUCAGAAAACGCACCAAAUGAGGCAGGACAGGAAGUGAGCCAGUGUGAGACCAAACAGGAAGAUCCUGCUGCUGAGCUCAAAACUGAGGAGAGUCAGAUGAAGCCACCUCCUGUGAAGACCGUUGGGCCAUUAACGGAUGAUGACAUCAUCAAACUGCGCCCAUGUGAGAAGAAGCAGGUAGAUUUCAGAGACAAGCUCUACCUGGCUCCAUUAACAACGUGUGGGAACCUGCCGUUCCGGCGUGUGUGUAAGCGUUUUGGAGCUGAUAUAACGUGUGGAGAAAUGGCUAUGUGCACAAACCUGCUGCAGGGUCAGGCGUCUGAGUGGGCUCUGCUCAAGAGACACCACACUGAGGACGUGUUUGGAGUGCAGCUGGAAGGAUGUUUCCCCGACUCCAUGAGCCGCUGUGCUGAGCUCCUCAACCACAACAUCGACGUCGACUUCGUGGACAUCAACUCUGGCUGUCCUAUAGACCUUGUGUACAAGAAGGGAGGUGGAUGUGGCCUGAUGACCAGAACCAACAAAUUUGAGCAGAUUGUCAGAGGAAUGAACUCCGUUCUGGACGUGCCUUUAACGGUGAAGAUCCGUACUGGAGUGCAACAGAGCUGCAACAUCGCACACAAACUCAUCCCUGAGCUGAAGAAGUGGGGUGUGUCUAUGAUCACGUUACACGGUCGAUCCCGAGAGCAACGUUACACCAAACUAGCCGACUGGAGUUACAUCGACACCUGCUCAAAACUCGCCGAUCCUGUUCCCCUGUUCGGUAAUGGUGAUAUUCUAUCGUACGAAGACGCUAUGAGGGCCAGAGAGACAGGAGUGUCUGGUAUCAUGCUAGCGAGAGGUGCUCUCAUUAAGCCGUGGCUCUUCACUGAGAUUAAGGAGCGGCGACAUUGGGACAUCUCGUCCUCAGAGCGUCUCCAGAUCCUUCAGGAUUUCACACACUUUGGAUUGGAGCACUGGGGCUCGGACACACAGGGGGUGGAGAAAACACGCAACUUCCUGCUCGAGUGGCUCUCCUUCACCUGCAGGUACAUCCCGGUGGGACUGCUGGAGCGUGUACAGAAGAUUAAUGAACGUCCUCCGUAUUAUCUGGGUCGUGAUUAUCUGGAGACUCUGAUGGCAAGUCAGCAUGUGGAUGACUGGAUCAGGAUCAGUGAGAUGUUGCUGGGUCCCGUGCCGAAGAACUUUAGCUUCCUGCCCAAACACAAAGCUAACGCCUAUAAGUGAAGUGGAAAUACAACGUGACCUAAACUCUGACGCGUAAACACAAAGCUGUUUCUGAUUUUAAUGAUUUUAUGGAGUGUAUCAGUGAUUAUCAUCUGACUGAAAUAAAGCUGUAUAAAUUUAUUAUGAAAAAUA